GCCCAAUAACAAAUAUAUACGCCCUCUCUCUCUCCCCCUCUUCUCUCUCAUAAUUUAACUUCUUCACCACAUUUCUUGCUUUCUCACUCUCUUCACUACUCUUUAAUUUUUUAUCAGCACGCUUUGAAAAAGAGGAAAAAGACUUCAGAACCCUAAGUUUCCCAGUGUAGUUGAACUGCCUUGCUCCUUUUUCUUGCUGGGCCUCACUCUACAUCAGCAGAUCUAAACUAUUUUGAGUAUAGUUUGGGAGCUAAAAUCUGAGAGUUCAAAUAUCGGAAUGGUGGAUUAGAUAUGGCUCUGCAAGGGACAAUUUUUCAGGCAUAAGUCCACUGAAGCUAGGAUAGUUUCUACAAUGGAGGUUGCCCAAUCAACUGAGGUUCCAGUAGAGGUAGAGGCUGAACAUUUGGGGCCUGAGUUGCAAGCCCCAAUGCUUCAGGAAGAACCUUGCUCCGAGAGUGUGAAGAAAGGCUCUAAGGUGCCAAAGGCCAAUGGCACUGCUUCAAAUAAAGGCACUGAUACAGGUGGGAGUUCUAGAAAAACAAGGAGUGGUACCGACUCAAGUGUUAAUCAGACAACAUCGACAUUGGCUAGACCAACUUUGAGCAGCACACUGCGAACUUCAGGAUCAGUCCCUGUGGUUAGAAGGAGCAGCACUGGUGGUCUGCCUGAAAAACAGCCAAUGGUAAUCACGAAACGUCAGACUACUGGCAAUGGUUUGGCAGGUGGUAAAAGAAGCAGCUCUUUAGCUUCAGACCCGCUGAGAAAAUCUCUUCCCGAACUUCGGAGGAGCACAACAUCAUCCAUUGGUGUUAAGCCUGCUAUCAGGCAUAGCAUCUCUGAAACGCGAAAGUCGAUUCCUAUUUCCCCUGCUGCUAGAAGUCCAAGGACGCCAGCCAGUUCCGAGUCAAGUAAACAAGAUUCUAUGAAAAAAAGCUAUUUGAGGUCGUCUCAAUUGUCUGUUUCGUCCAUGAAGACGAUUUCCUCUCCGUCAUUAGAUAGCAGUGGGAGUAGUAGCGCCGUUAGGAAGUCAGUUGCAAAAGUUUCUCCUCACUCUGCUCGCUCACCCACAGUCUCCAGUGGGUCCAAAUCUGGUAGUCUGUCAACGUCUCUCGACAGAAGUUCUAUUUUAUCUGGCCGUAAGAGAGUCGGAACUCCAGAAAGUCGGGACUCACGUCUGAUAAUGCUUCCUCAUGUAGAGGUGAAAGCUAGCGAUGAUGUGAGGUUAGAUCUCCGGGGCCACAAGAUACGGACACUCAGCAGUGGUGGACUGAACUUAUCACCAAAUCUAGAGUUUGUUUAUCUAAGAGACAACCUCUUGUCUACACUGGAUGGUGUUGAAGUCCUCAAACGAGUGAAGGUUCUGGAUUUGAGUUUUAACGACUUCAAAGGACCUGGUUUUGAGCCGCUUGAGAAUUGCAAAGCUCUGCAGCAACUUUAUCUUGCUGGAAAUCAGAUCACAUCCUUGAGGAGCCUUCCUGAGCUUCCGAACCUGGAGUUUCUCUCUGUAGCUCAGAAUAAGUUAAAAUCUCUUUCAAUGGCGAGUCAACCUCGUUUGCAGGUACUUGCUGCCAGCAAAAAUAAAAUAUCAACUUUGAAAGGCUUCCCACACUUACCAGCUCUUGAGCAUCUGCGAGUAGAGGAGAACCCCAUACUAAAGAUGUCUCGUCUGGAAGCUGCCGCAAUUUUGCUUGUAGGCCCAACCUUAAAAAAAUUCAAUGAUAGGGAUCUUUCCCGUGAGGAGAUAUCAAUUGCCAAGCGUUAUCCUUCACACACUGCCUUGUGCAUUCGAGGUGGCUGGGAACUAUGCCGUCCAGAACAAGCUGUUGACUCAACUUUCAAGUUUUUGCUCGAACAAUGGAAAGAUCAACUUCCUUCUGGGUACUUGCUGAAAAAGGCUUUUGUAGACCAACCAUUUGAGGAAGAUGCUUGCUGUUGCCACUUUGAGUUUGUGAGGGACACAAAUGAACAUAGUGAUGUCGUACUGGACUUGAAGUACCAAUGGUUUAUUGGAGGACGAACUCCUUCAAAUUUUGUAGCUAUUCCUGGUGCAUGUGGAGAGGUAUACUUCCCUAAGAAGGAUGACAUUGGUAGAAUCUUGAAAGUGGAGUGCACUCCAAUACUGGGAGAUACAGAUUAUCCUACAAUUUUCGCCAUAUCUUCACCAGUUUCUAAGGGAACUGGUAUUCCUAAGGUCAUAAAGAUUGAUGUGUCUGGGGAGCUUGUGGAAGGAAACACAAUCAAAGGGCAUGUGGAGGUUGCAUGGUGUGGAGGAACUCCAGGGAAAGGUGUUGCUAGUUGGCUUAGGAGACGAUGGAACAGUAGCCCUGUUGUAAUUGCAGGUGCAGAAGAAGAAGACUACCGGCUGAUCUUGGAUGAUGUAGGUUCAUGUUUGGUUUUCAUGUACACUCCUGUUACUGAAGAAGGUGCCAAAGGGGAACCUCAAUAUGCCAUCACAGAUUAUGUAAAAGCAGCUCCUCCAUCUGUAAGCAAUGUCCAAAUUAGUGGAGAUGUCAUUGAAGGAUGUGUAAUCAAGGGCUUAGGGGAUUAUUUUGGAGGAAAAGAAGGGCCCAGCAGGUUCGAGUGGUUGCGUGAGGAUAAGGAUACAGGAGAACGCACGCUGGUGGUGAUGGGGGCAAAUGAGUAUUCUUUAACAAAAGAAGAUAUUGGACGACGGUUGGCAUUUGUUUACCUGCCUGUGAACUUUGAAGGGCAGGAAGGGAAACCUAUGUCUGUAGUCUCCCAAAUAGUUAAGCCGGCCCCACCAAAAGUUACAAAUCUAAAGAUAAUUGGCGAACUAAAAGAAGGAAGUAAGGUUUCUGUGACUGGCAUUGUAACCGGGGGAACUGAAGCUUCUAGUAGAGUUCAGUGGUUCAAAACUAGUUCGUCAACUUUUGAGGGUGAGAAUGGUAUUGAAGCAUUAAGUACAUCGAAAAUUGCUAAGGCAUUUCGCAUACCAUUGGGAGCUGUUGGUAAAUAUAUAGUUGCUAAAUUCACACCAAUGACCCCAGAUGGUGAAACUGGUAAACCAGUUUAUGUGAUAUCCGAAAUAGCUAUUGAGACUCUGCCUCCCAGUCUUAAUUUUUUGGCUAUAACCGGCGAUUACUUAGAAGGUGGAGUGUUGACAGCGUCAUAUGGUUAUAUUGGGGGUCAUGAGGGGAAGAGUAUCUAUAAUUGGUAUCUUCAUGAGGUGGAAAAUGACCUGGGUACUUCAAUACCUGAGGUCGCAGGUCUCCUUCAAUAUCGAGUCCCAAAAGAUGCCAUUGGUAAAUUUAUAUCUUUUACUUGUACUCCGGUGCGCGAUGAUGGUAUUGCAGGUGAGCCUAGAACUUGCACAGGACAAGAACGCGUUCGCCCAGGUACUCCAAGAUUGCUUUCUUUACAAAUGACUGGAACUGGUGUCGAAGGCACUACUCUAAGUGUUGAAAAGAAAUAUUGGGGUGGUGAAGAGGGAGAGUCGGUCUACCGCUGGUUUCGGACUCGUUCUGAUAGCACCCAUGAUGAGAUAAAAGGUGCAACUUCUUCAUCGUACAUGCUCUCUGUAGAGGAUAUUGGUUUCUUCAUCUCAGUUUCCUGUGAGCCAAUUCGAAAUGAUGGAGCCCGUGGCCCUAUUGUCCUCUCUGAACAAGUUGGACCAAUUGUAGCUGGCCUCCCAACAUGCCGGUCGCUCGAAUUCCAGGGAUCCUUGAUAGAAGGGGAGUGCCUGAGUUUCAUUGCUUCUUAUGGUGGAGGGGUGAAAGGAGAUUGUUUGUGUGAAUGGUUCAGAGUGAAAGAUAAUGGUUAUAAGGAGAAGCUUCAUGAUGGAGAGUUUUUAGAUUUAACUAUCGAUGAAGUGGGAGACUCUGUGGAGCUUGUAUAUACACCUGUCCGUGCUGAUGGCUUGAAGGGGAGCCCGAAAACCUUGGUUUCUAGAGCGGUUUCACCUGGUGAGCCACUUGGUGUUGAACUGGCAAUUUCUGAGUGCUAUGAGGGUCAAGAAGUGGUCACUACUACCAAGUACUUCGGAGGACAAGAAGGAGUUGGGAAAUAUAUUUGGUUUAGAACUAAGGACAAGCUUAAUGAGUCUUCCCUGAUGGAACUGGCAGAUGAUUCUGAAAAUGUCGAUAUAUGUGCACGUGCAUCAACAUAUACUCCAUCUCUGGAAGACGUGGGAUCUUACCUAGCCUUGUAUUGGCUGCCUACGCGAUCGGAUGGUAAAUAUGGAAUGCCUUUGGUAACAAUUAGUGAAUCCCCAGUUAUUCCAGCACUUCCAGUUGUCUCCAAUGUUCUCGUGAAGAAAUUGACUUCAACCACCUAUGUCGGGGAAGGAGAAUAUUUUGGUGGGCACGAAGGAACGAGUCUCUUUAGUUGGUAUAGAGAAUCUGAUAGUGAAUCUAUGGUUCUAAUCGCUGGAGCUAAUUCUAGAACGUAUGAAGUUUCGGAGGAGGAUUACAACUGCAGAUUGUUGUUCGGAUAUACACCGGUUCGUUCAGAUUCGGUCAUUGGAGAACUUCGACUAUCUGAGCCAAGUGAUAUAGUCUUGCCAGAAUUGCCAAGAAUCGAGGUGCUAGCUCUCACUGGUAAAGCUGUUGAAGGACAAAUCUUGACUGCGUUGGAAGUUAUCCCAAAGGAUGAAAAUCAACAGCUUGUUUGGGGGAAGUACAAGAAAGAAGUUAGAUACCAAUGGUUCUUCUCUUCUGAGACUGGUGACGAGAGGACUUUCGAGCCAAUACCAUCACAGAGGUCUUGCUCAUACAAGGCACGGUUUGAGGACAUAGGCCGCUGCCUGAAGUGUGAAUGCGUUGUCACUGAUGCAUUUGGAAGAUCAAGUGAACCCGCUUAUGCUGAAACCGAACCAAUCAUACCAGGAAUUCCUAGAAUAGACAAGCUAGAAAUAGAGGGCCGGGGUUUCCACACCAAUUUAUACGCUGUGAAAGGAACUUACAGCGGAGGAAAGGAAGGCAAAAGUCGGAUUCAGUGGCUUCGAUCAAUGGUUGGAAGUCCUGACCUCAUCUCUAUUCCUGAGGAGACGGGAAGGAUGUACGAGGCUAACGUGGAUGAUGUCGGCUACAGGCUAGUUGCUAUUUAUACACCAGUUAGAGACGAUGGAGUCGAGGGACAACCCAUUUCUGCAUCAACAGAUCCUAUCGCAGUUGAGCCUGAUGUUCAUAAAGAAGUGAAGCAGAAGCUUGAUCUCGGAACCGUGAAGUUCGAGGCCCUCUGCGACAAGGAUCGAUCUCCUAAAAGGGUUCCAGGAAUGGGAAGUCUCGAGAGAAGAAUCCUUGAAGUGAACCGGAAACGAGUCAAGGUUGUGAAGCCUGGCUCAAAAACCUCGUUCCCUACGACAGAAAUACGUGGAACCUACACUCCCCCAUUCCAUGUCGACCUAUUCAGAAACGACCAGCACCGUCUCAGAAUCGUUGUAGACAGUGAGAAUGAAGUGGAUUUGAUGGUGCAGACCCGACACCUCCGUGAUGUUAUAGUCCUCGUGAUCAGGGGUCUCGCACAGCGUUUCAACAGCACGUCGUUGAAUACUCUCCUCAAGAUCGAAGCGUGAGGCGACGUGGUCCUCUCCUUUUUAUAGAGUGGGAGGGUUGUAUGUGACUGGAAUGAUUUUUUUCUGUGUACAAGGUAUAUGGUGUUGUGUGAUUUUUGUGCAUUAUGCGCCAUUGUUGUCACUUUUUGUUGGUAGACUUUCAAAAAAUUAUUUCAGUGAUUUCAAUGUACAGAAACGUGGCUUACUGCAAUGCAAUGAUUCAUUUACUACAAAA